AUGUCUUCAAAACCCUCGCCGCCGGAAACUCUUAGUAGUAGUCCGUCAGUGCCGACGUCCGGAUCUACUCCCGCAAAUGGAAAAGGCACCUCUCCGAAUACCGAUAUCGAAAUGAGGAGUAUGCGGCCCGACGCGCCCAAGCAGUCAAUUCCGCUGGGAGAGGAUAUCAUGCAGUUAGCUCGAAUUGGAGAGAUCGGGGCAAUGCAGAAUCUGUUUGCGACCAAGAAAUUGACCGCAAAUCAUCGAGAUGAUGAGGGUAUCACACCGCUACAUUGGGCCGCGAUCAAUAACCAAUAUGCGAUGUGCAAGUUCCUCCUCGAUAACGGCGCUGACGUCAAUGCGAAGGGUGGAGAAUCCGUAGCUACACCUGCCAUGUGGGCAGCGCAACGGUGUCAUUACUAUAUUGUCGCUCUCCUCCUAACUCAUGGCGCGGAUCCUCUCUUGACCGAUGUACAAGGAUACAAUAUCUUGCACCUCGCUACCAUCGACGGCAAUGCAUUCCUCCUCGUUCUGCUCUUGCACCAGGAAAUCCCAGUCGAUGUAGUCGAUCAGCAAGGUCACACAGGUCUGAUGUGGGCAGCGUAUAAGGGUUACCCAGCUUGUGUGGAUCUAUUCCUGCGAUGGGGCGCCAAUGCGAAUGCGGUGGAUGAGGGUGGUUUGACUCCGCUACACUGGGCAUUGGUCAAAGGCUCCUUACCCUCCACACUGAAGCUAUUGGAGUAUGGGGCUGAUCGAUUCGCAAAGACUCGGGAUGGGAAAUCUCCUAUGACAGUUGCGCAGGAGAUGAACACAUUGCGGGUUUGGAACCGCGCUUUGGCUGAGCAUGGUUAUGAGUCUGAUGGUACUCAGAAGCUUGUGCCUAUGGGGUUGACGAAUAUCGUUCGGAACAAGAGCCUCAUGGCUAAGUCUUUUUUCCUCUGGCCGUUUUUAACUAUUCUUAUUGCGAUCUGGAUGUUGAGUCAGUUACCUGUGCUCAUUGGUGUUCCUCUUACGCUGGCGACCUUGUUCGGUAUGCAAUGGAUUGCGCAACAGAUUGCCAAUCGCGGGCCUUCCGAGUUUCGUGUUUUGCAGAAAACACCCUACCUGUCUGGUGUCUUUGCUGGAACUUUGUUCUGGGUCGGUUUCCGCUGGAUCUUCCAAGUCUUACCUUCAACCUACUCUUCGCAUAUGGUCUUGAAUAUCUUGUUUGGGGUCUUCUACUCACUGACCGCCUUCUUCUAUACCAUGGCCAUGAUUGGUGAUCCUGGAUAUGUCCCCAAGGUCAGCAGCCGAAACCAGCAAAGAGAGGUCGUGAAGGAGCUGUUUUCACUAUGGAAGUUUGACGAGGAGAACUUUUGUGUUCCUUGCAUGUCAAGGAAGCCAAUUCGAAGCAGACAUUGUCGACGAUGUGGCCGCUGCGUUGCCAAACAUGAUCACCACUGCCCAUGGAUCGACAACUGUGUUGGAGCCAACAAUCUCCGUCACUUUGUUCUCUACAUCCUCUGUCUUGAAAUCGGUAUCAUCCUGUUUGUACAGUUGACUAUCGGCUAUAUUACUGAUCUGCCCUCCCUCAAGGACGCCCAGUGUAGUAUCAUCAACGAAGCGCUCUGUGACUAUGUUUCCAGAGACACCUUCACCCUGGUUCUUAACGUCUGGAUCGUUCUCCAGCUGGUCUGGGUUACCAUGCUCUGUGCCGUACAGCUUGUGCAGAUCUCACGCAACCAAACAACCUAUGAGAACAUGCGCGGUCAUGCUAUUGAUCGAUCCGUCCCUAGCUCACAAGCCUUCGCCUCAGCGAUGACCGCCGGAACAACAUCAUUAGAUGCGGCCGGUCUCUCCGCCGCAGGACAAGGCCCCAACCCAGCCUUAGCACACUCGCAUGGACCUCGUCGAAAGACAGGCUGUAUUUCACAGUGGUCUGCUCUGCUAGGCUUUGAUGCCUUCUUCCGUACUGCUAAGGAUGGACUCCGAGAUGGUGCUCACGGUGGACGAUCUCGGAACCCAUUCUCUCGCGGCGUGACGACGAAUUGUCGUGAUUUCUGGUGUGAUCCCGCCCCGAUUUUCGGUAAGCGGGAAUCCGGAGCUGCGAUGUUAGGAGGUGAAGUGGUGAAUUAUAAUGACAUGUACGAAACUCCUCUGCAAAUGCACACGGGGCGAUCUGGAGAUGGUUACCGUAGUGUUGCGGGUGAUGAAUCGGAGAGUAUGGUUUAA